GACAUUUGACUUCUGCGAUGCUUGCCACGUAAUAUUUAUGUAUGGUUUUUUAAAUUAAAAACACUUAAAAAUCGGAAAUUCAUUCUGUUUACAGUGAUUAAAAGUGUUAUAUUUGGCCCAUAAUGGGCAGCAGUGAAAGUACGUUAGUCCCGGGAGGUGGAACGGAGGGUUAUCACGUAUUACGUGUUCAAGAAAACUCUCCAGGCUCUAAAGCUGGAUUGGAAGCUUUUUUCGAUUUCAUUGUUGCAGUUGGAAAUACACGUCUAAAUCAAGACAAUGAUACUUUGAAAGAGAUCUUAAAAGCAAAUAUUGAGAGGCCACUGCGGAUGACAGUGUAUAGCACGAAAAGCCAAACAGUGAGAGAAGUUGAAAUUACUCCAUCGAACACGUGGGGUGGUCAAGGCUUACUUGGUGUCAGUAUUAGAUUUUGCUCGUUUGAAGGUGUCAAUGAAAAUGUUUGGCAUGUUUUGGAAAUUCAACCACAUUCCCCAGCAGAUCUUGCAGGUUUUUAUCCGUUUGAUGAUUACAUAAUUGGUGCUGAUUCUGUUCUUCAUGAAUCUGAAGAUUUAUUUAGUCUAAUUGAAGCUCAUGAAGGCAAGGCGCUUACUCUUUAUGUGUACAACAUAGUUUCUGACUUGUGUCGGGAAGUGGUCAUCACCCCAAAUAAAAAUUGGGGAGGAGAAGGAAGCUUAGGAUGUGGAAUUGGAUAUGGAUAUCUUCAUAGAAUACCUACACGUCCAUCUAAAGUUGAAGUUUCUAAACCUCCAUAUUCCAUUCUACCCGUGUCUGAAAAAUCUCAAGCUGAUGGGUAUUCUACUGUGCAGCUUAAUGCAGCCAGCCAGCUACCUAGUGUGAAUAAUUUCAACCCUGUGCCUGAAAUUAAUGCUAAUCAAAUUCCUGCAGCACCUAUCACAACGCUUUCUUCUGGGACUGGAUCAGUUUCCAUACCAGCUUUAGAACCAGUUGUUGUGGCUCCAUCAGCUAAAAUUGACAAUAUUGAUGUUACCAUGAACAAUACACCCAAUGUCCAGCCAUUGACGACAACUCUUAGCUUGCCUGGAAUGCCUGUGAUAACUGUGAGUGCUACAUUACCAACAGACACUCUUGCUAACAUCACCAGUUCACCACCAAUUACCAGCUCAGCAGACAGCUCUUGGACAAACAACAGGCUUUCCUAAUGUUGGAGACAAUGCAAGCACUCCACGACCACCACAAGCUGUACCAGCACCUCAGCAUGUAUAGGUUUUAUAUGAAUUUAUAUUGUUCUCACUUGAAUAAUCUGAACUGAGAUAGAGUUUUAUGAAGGCCUUUCUUCACAACAAACUUUGAAUGCUUCAGGGAAGCAUGUACGCAGUUUACCGUGAGAAGCAGAUUUCUAGAAAUGAAUUCCUUUAUUUAUUUCGUGAAGCAUUUUAGCAUGGAAUAAAUAUUUGCUGCAUUAUCCAAUUCAAAACUUUCCAAGGCCUUAUUUUGCAGUCCACCAUUACCAAAGCUACAGAGCAGUUAUUCUAUGCUUCUGAUGUAAUAGAUUGUUUUUAUAAUUUGUAAAGUCUGCUAUUGCAAAUUAAUAAUUGUAAAAUCUGCUGUUGCUAUUGAAGAUUGGGAACACAUUCUACAGUUAAAUUAUUCGCAUGUAAUUAUUUGCAAUUCUCAUUGUAUUAUACAAGUAUUUCCAAAGUUAGAAAAGAAAAUAAAUAAGUAAAAAUAAAUCUUUUUUUAAGCAUUAAAAGUUUGCUAGAUUUAUAUUUUCUUAUGCAUCUGUAUUUCAUAGUUAAUGAUAUAUAUGACUUGAAGAAAGGAGAACCUAUAUUGCCAUGCUUAAACUAUUUUAUGUUUUGCUAGUUCUUGUUUCAUAUCUUGUACUCCUUGUUUAUGUAACUUUCAAACCUUUGGUAAGGGGGAAAGGGCUGAGUGGUACCCAUAUUACUGUCCUCAAAAUAUUGUCAGUUUUACUUACAAUUGUUCCUUUCAUGUGCUCUACAUUUUUGUGUAUAAGAGUGCUAGUAAAUAUCCUUUGAAGAUCAAAUUACUUUGCAUUUUAGUCCCUCCCCCCUUUUUUUUACAUUUUAUGUUAUAUUUGUAUUUUAAGCCUGUAAAAUGUACAAAAGAAAAAGAUAUUAUUCUGAGCUUAUGUGAAAUCUUUAAUCAAUGAGCACCAUUAAGUUGCUUUGAUUUUAAUUAAAUUAUGAAUGUUUAUUGAAAAAAAUAUUCUAUAUUUGUUAUUCUGCAUGUAUUUAUAGGAAAACUGGUUUCAUAUGUUUUCAUGAGUUUCAUCCACUAUAGUAUUUUAAUCAAAUUACCAAUAUGUUGAAACAUUUAUUGCAUUUAAUGUCAUUCACAACUUAUGGUUCAUGUUCAUCUAAAAAUCUUUAUUGUAAUAAAAGCAAUUUUAAAGAAUUCAUUUUGUAUACAUUUGUCAGUCAGUUACAUAAAAACCUUAAUUGUUUUUUAUUCCCUAAUAUGGUGCUUUUAAUUCUAAGUUUCUUUCCGAGAUCAUAAUUUUAAAAUUUUACUAUUCAGAGUAACAGAUUUCAAAAUAAAGCAGAAAAUUAUUGUUUAGUUUUGCAUGUGACUUUUUUUUUAAUAUAAAAAUUAAGUACUACAAUUACAUUGCUAAAAGCAUCCCAUUAUAUUAUCUCUAAUGAUACUUGAUCUUCUUCUUAUGUUGAAAUUGAACCCUUUGAGUCCUUGAUAUUGUAGUAUGUUAUCGAAAAUAUGUUUUGUGCUCAGAAGGUAGUUGCAAAUGUUAACCACUAAUUGUUAAUUCCCAUCCCUUAAAACUGACAAUUUCUCGCACAUUUUUUGCUUACAAACUCUUGAGAGAGCCCUUGGUCCCAAGGGCCAUGGCAGUGAAGUAAAAAACUGACUUCUAAGCACAAACCAGUUCCUGGUGCGCGAAUAUUCUGUUUGCCUGGACUCAAAAGGUUAAAAAACAAGAAUGUCUAGACCUCUUGACCUAGACAAAUGUAUUGCUAAUGAGUACUUAAGCAUGCUUAAACAUUUAUUUUGAGAUUUCUAAAAAUACAUACAAUAUAAAAAUGGAAAUUUAAAUUCAGCUGAGCAUUUAUAGUUAGAAAAGUGUUAAAAUGUACUUCUGAUUUCAUAAGUUUUUAACAUCAUAUAAAGCUUCAAAAUAUUAAUUUUAUAUUUAUUAACAAAAAAAUAUGCAUAUGUAUCAACUGUAUGAAGUGGAAAAUUAUAUGCAAUAAAUACUCA